UCUCCGCCUCCUCCGUUCACUCCAUCCUCCUCAUUUCCGAUUGCUCUGUUGGCUUAGAGCUCUUCCGGAACUCAAAUUCCUCCUCCAUGUUUGCAUUGCCUCGCGGAAUGCGCUUCUUCUAGAUAUAUAUAAAUCUAUAUUCGUACGCACGCACUUGUUUCGAUAGCUUCGAUAGAUCGCGGCUCGGGGCUGCUAGAGACACAGAGUUUAUUAUCGGCAGGUAGUUGGGAGCGCAAAGAUGACGGUUACUCCAAAGAUCUCCAUAAGUGAUGGGAACCUUGUGGUUCAUGGGAAGACCAUACUAACUGGUGUGCCCGAUAACAUUGUUCUGACUCCGGGAUCAGGCGUGGGUCUUGUCACAGGCUCUUUCAUUGGUGCCACUGCUGAUCAUAACAAAAGCCUCCAUGUCUUCCCCGUUGGUGUAUUAGAGGGCCUCCGGUUCAUGUGUUGUUUCCGUUUCAAGCUAUGGUGGAUGACUCAAAGAAUGGGAACAUGUGGGAAUGAUAUCCCUUUCGAGACACAAUUCAUGCUUGUGGAGAGCAAAGACACCACUGAAGGGGAAAGUGACGAUGCCCCAAAGAUAUACACUGUUUUCCUUCCUCUCCUUGAAGGCCAAUUCCGUGCUGUCCUCCAGGGAAAUGAGAGGAAUGAACUAGAGAUUUGCCUUGAGAGUGGAGAUAAUGCCGUUGAGACCAACCAAGGACUUUGCCUAGUCUACAUGCAUGCUGGGACUGACCCAUUUGAAGUCAUCAAUCAGGCUGUUAAAGCUGUAGAAAAGCACAUGCAAACUUUUCGUCAUCGGGAGGAGAAAAAAUUGCCUUCUUUCAUUGAUUGGUUUGGCUGGUGCACAUGGGAUGCUUUUUACACAGAUGUCACUGCUGAGGGUGUUGAUGAAGGCCUUAAGAGCUUGUCAGAGGGAGGAACUCCACCAAAGUUCCUCAUCAUUGAUGAUGGUUGGCAGCAGAUUGGCAAUGAAGCAAAGGAUGCUGGUUGUGUUGUACAAGAAGGAGCACAGUUUGCUAACAGGUUGACAGGAAUUAAAGAGAAUGAGAAAUUUCAGAGGAAUGGGAAGAACAACGACCAGGUCCCAGGUCUGAAAAUACUGGUUGAUGAAGCCAAGCAAUACCGCAAUGUGAAGUAUGUGUAUGUAUGGCAUGCUCUAGCCGGCUACUGGGGUGGGGUAAAGCCUGCAGCCGCUGGCAUGGAGCACUAUGACACUGCUUUAGCCUACCCAGUUCAGUCCCCAGGUGUACUAGGCAACCAACCAGACAUAGUCAUGGAUAGUCUGGCAGUGCAAGGCCUGGGUUUAGUGCACCCUAAGAAGGUCUUCAACUUCUAUAACGAGCUUCAUGCUUACCUGUCUUUGUGUGGGGUAGAUGGAGUCAAGGUUGAUGUGCAGAACAUUAUAGAAACACUUGGGGCAGGCCAUGGCGGUAGGGUGGCUCUCACCCGAGCCUAUCAUCAAGCCCUUGAAGCCUCCAUUGCACGGAACUUCCCUGACAAUGGUUGCAUUGCUUGCAUGUGUCAUAAUACUGAUGGGAUGUAUAGUGCCAAGCAGACUGCUGUCGUAAGAGCUUCUGAUGACUUCUACCCUCGUGACCCUGCUUCUCACACCAUCCACAUAUCUUCAGUUGCAUACAACUCAUUAUUCCUUGGAGAAUUUAUGCAACCUGAUUGGGACAUGUUCCACAGCCUGCACCCAGCUGCAGAGUAUCAUGCUGCAGCUCGGUCUAUUGGAGGAUGUCCAAUUUAUGUCAGUGACAAGCCUGGCAACCACAACUUUGAGCUUUUGAAAAAGCUUGUCCUACCUGAUGGAUCAGUUCUGCGUGCCCAAUUACCGGGCAGGCCAACGCUUGACUGCCUUUUUGUUGAUCCUGCUAGAGAUGGAAUCAGCUUGCUUAAAAUUUGGAAUGUGAACAAAUGCACUGGUGUUGUUGGUGUCUUCAACUGCCAAGGUGCUGGCUGGUGCAAGAUUGCAAAGCAGACCCGCAUCCAUGAUGAGUCUCCUGGUACCCUCACCACUUCUGUUCAAGCCACUGAUGUUGAUAUCCUCAGUCAAGCAGCCGGGCCAGAUUGGAAUGGCGAAAUAGUUGUUUAUGCCCACAGAUCAGGCGAGCUAAUUCGCUUACCAAAAGGUGCUUCAAUACCCGUGACUCUCAAAGUUCUUGAAUACGAACUAUUCCAUUUCUGCCCUCUGAAGAUGAUUGCAGCAAAUAUAUCCUUUGCGCCUAUAGGCUUGCUCGACAUGUUCAACACAGGGGGUGCCUUGGAGGAGUUUGAAAUCCGUAUGGCUUCAGGCAACAAACCAGAGCUCUUUGAUGGUGAGGUUGCUUCCGAGCUUGCCACUUUACUGAGCGAAACCCGGUCUCCAAACGCAGCUGUUGGUCUUAAAGUGAGGGGAUGUGGCCGUAUUGGUGCUUACUCUUCCCAGCGCCCGCUGAAAUGCAAAUUGGCUGGUGCUGAGGUUGCCUUCGAACAUGAACCGGCCACCGGAUUACUGACGUUUACCAUUCCGGUGCCGGAGAAGGAGAUGCACAGAUGGGAGAUUGAGAUCCUAGUUUAAGCUAUUUCUAGAAAUAAGUUUGUGCAAUAAUAAGCCAAGUAAGGCAUCAAAUGAAGGGUUAGGCAACUAAAAGAGUUGUAUCUGUAGUGUAAUAAAAGCAACCUCCCUGGAGGAUAUUGAGAUCCUA